CAUUGUCCUUUAAAAUCCUGUUGUUACCACAUUGAGCGCAAGCGAUGUGCAGGUGCAGAGACAGAGAUGGACCGUAUCGCUUUUGGGCUCCUGAGUUUAUUUUUUCUCUUUUUCGAUUGGACACGUUAUGCUGCAGGAGAACCAGAAGCUCUCUCCUGCCCUGAAUACCAGGAGGCCUUUGAUGGCUCCUGCUACGAGUUUGCGGGUCUGCAGCGUCCUUUCCUGGGUGCUCAGAAAUGGUGCGAGAGGGGUGGAGGACAUUUAGCCUUCAUUCUUAAUGAUGAGAAGCAGCAGUUCCUUCAGCGGCAUCUCGAUCCAAAGAAGGAUUGGUGGCUUGGAUUGGCGCCCGCUGCUCCGAACCUCACUUUGGACACUGCUGCCACAGAGGUGUCACUGGCAUGGCUGGAUGGCUCAGAUAUCAGCUACAAUAACUGGGCGAACGAGCCCAAUACGCAAGCAGCUUGUGGACAUAUCCGCAAAAAAUCAGGCUUUCGGUGGGAAGCCUCGGAGAAUUGCAGUCAGGAACUGAACUUUAUCUGCCAGUUUGAUUCUAGGAAAUCAAUUGCCUGCGAAGGUCAAAAUGCCACUUUGCAAUGCGGCUCUGGUCAAGUCAUAGAAAUAAAUGACAGCUUCUACGGUCGAAAAACAAUUCACUAUUGCCGUACCAAACUCACGACCACACUGUCAACACCUGAGAAGGAGUGCACCUGGACAGAUGUCGCAGACUCGGUGAAAGACAGUUGCCAUGGACUGCAGGCCUGCCAAGCUCCAGCAGAUGCCAAAUCUUACGGUGAACCCUGCCCAUUGUUGGGAAGUUACUUGUCUGUGGCGUACCGCUGCAAAGAUGGACUCCACUUGCUGAUGACUAAAUUGGCAGCGGUGUUUGAUAAUGUCACGAUCAAUAUUAAGUGGCUUCUGCAACCUUAUGAGGGAAACCUCACAUGUGCUCUGAAUGCUGGAGAUGGCCACACUAUUGAUGCCAUCACCCCAGAAGAGACGGAGAGCACAGUGAUGCACACAUUCAAAACCCCUGGAGAUUUCAUGGUGACAGUGGAAUGUUCCACCAGCGACUGGCAUGUGACAGCUCAAAAAUCCAUAAGCAUUCAGGAGCCAGUUGGUCAGUUUGGAGAUAUCAAAUGCUAUAGCACCAACACGUCAGAAGAUGGCACUAACUGCACCCUGCUCUAUACUGGAGGGCCUGUUGAAGUUCAGGUCACAGUGGAGACCGGUACAAAUGUGAGUUACGUUCUUCAAUAUAAGGACUUUUUACUUGCAAAUUCCUCGGCUGACCAAGGGGUCACACCAUACAACAUUACACUGAAUGCAAGUGCAGUGGAACAGAUCGGGCAUGGGUGUCACAACCUGACUCUGAGCGCUUCCAACAGGGUUACUUCCCAAACAGUGUUUGCCCAAUUUGAGCUGUGUCUGCUGGAACUAGUUGAGGGGUUGCAGGCCUCUGUGAUAGCAGAUGAUGGUCAGUGUCCUGACUCCAGUGACAUGGUUAUUGGUGUCUCGCUGGAACAUGGAGCCCCUGCGCGGCUUCUCUUUACACUAACUGUCAACAAUGUCACACACUCUGAGACCAGAGAAAUGCUCAAUGGAAGCUUACAAAUGUACACCUUUGGCAGGCCAGUUGAAGGAUCAUUUAAACUGAAUGUGCAAGCUGUGAACGCUUUCUCGACCUCUGAUUUCAAUGUGAGCCUGGAAAGCCUAUUCCUUGCAUGUGAGAACUACUCCACAAAUGUGACUGCUGUUGAAUCUUAUGACCUGAAAGUAAUUUCCGCUCCAGACUCUGUGGUCGACUACACUCACAAUGUCACCCUCAGCAUUAAUGGAAGUGUGCCAUUGCCCACUAAAGGACUCAGAUUUGUGUGGAAAUGCAGUGGAGACUGCAAAUGCAACAACCAAACAAAUGACGAAACUCACGUGAUUGACAAACAGUGCCUUCCAAAGCCCUUUGAGAUAAGCUUUUACACUGUGACUGUGAAGAAAACAGCUUGGUUUAGAAAAUGGAGCCAACUAGUGUCUGCUUCCAAGUGCAUCGCUGUUGUUCCAAAAGAAUUUAAAAAUGUUACCAUGAGUUGUGAUAAUUGCACUUCAGUUAAUGUCAAUGACCCUGUAAAGUUGAGGCUGAGCUGUAUAGGACCUUGCCCAGAUGUGGAUUGGUACAUGGAGGAUCCAAAACCUAUAAAGGGUGACCUUGAGACCUGUUACUCACAAGAAGGAAGAAGGCCACUGACGAAAAUGCAGGAGGGCAACUUAGAGUUUCUUGUUAACAGCCAGCAGCUGAGAUAUUCAAGGGACAAUCUGCUUAACAUCACAGUGAUAGCUCAAGGAAAAUCAGGGCUCGGUUUUGCCAGGUACACACUCCCUAUACCGGAUCCAGAGCCAACUCUAGCCCCUUCGUGCAGCAUCUUUCCACUAUCAGGCACUGUGCUGGACUCAUUCGAUAUCACCUGCCAGGCUAGUUCUUUAUGUUCUUCAGGCUGUCUUUAUUGCUUCAAGACAGACACAGGCAAACAUCUGCGUUGCAGCAAUUUAGAGUCUGUGAAAUCUAUCCUUUUGCCUGCUGGAGAUGAAAACAACAAUUACAAUUUGUCUAUUGUUGUGACUGUAAAAAAUGACAAUUCAGAAGCUACCACGACUGUCCACACUCAGGUACGGAAAAACAAUUCAAGUGCUUCUGUGGACACACUCCAGUCAGUUCUAGAAGAUACAGUUUCCCAGUUGGAGCAGGACGGUCUUCUCUCUGGCGAGGCCCUCGGCCAGAUUGUCACCUCUGUCGCUGACAUACUAAACACAGAGGCUGAUGAGGGUCAGAAGGAUGCAAGGACGAAGCUUAGAGAGCAGAUGCUGACCAAAAUGACCACUGUGCUCUUGGAUUCCCCAUCAAACACAAGUCUUGAAGUACAAGUGACAGCCAGAGCUGUGGCUGGACUUACACAGCGCUCAGAUGAGCUCAGUCCAGCUGCCCAGGAAGAAGCAAGCUCAUUGUUGGUUGACUUGAGCUCUUCCCUCAACACUAUCAGUGUUAAUCAGGAUGGUAGUGGUGGUGAUGAUGGAGAAGUUGUGGAUGGAGCUGCACCAAUAGUUGAAGCGGCCAGUAAUAUUUUGAACGCGUCGUCAAAUGAAAAAGUUUCCAAUUCCCUUCUGACUGGGAUAAGUAAUGUGCAGAAUGCCUUGUUGAAUCAUAAAAAGUUAAAUGGAGAUCCUAUCAUCAUUGAUUCCGAUCAGAUCAGUGUUUAUGUUAACAGGAUUUCUCCUGAAACCAUGCAUACACAGGAUAUAAACAUACAGAGGAGCAGCUCAUCUAGAUUUUCCUUUCCAACUCUUCCUGCUGAUGUUGUCUCGCCGGAUGAGCCUGUGGAUGUCCGAAUGAUGAGUUUUGAAAAGAACCCGUACUCGUGGACAGGUGGAAAUAUUUCAGGAACUGUGGGAUCAGUCUCUCUCACAAGAACUAAUGGCAAUGUCAUCCCUGUUAAGAAUUUGCCUGAAGAGAUCGAGAUUCUACUCCCCAGGCCAGACGUUGGGCAGGAGAACAGUACAGUCUUGGACCUGGCCAAUUACAGCACGUUAAUAAUUGACGUUCCCUCACCUGAUGUUACACUGGUCUUGAAAAUGGAGCCGUCUGAAAACAUUACUUUUGUGGUACUCCUGGGGUCCAAGAAUUAUCCAACAGCUGAAGAUUAUGUGGCCAAAAUUCAGAUGCCGCUUGAGAAUAUGAAAGAAGAGGAAAAAUAUACCUGGGUCGUGAGUCCUCAAGACAGAACAGGAGAUGUUGGUGCUCACUUUCUCGUCCUGAAACCCAAAGUAGAGCCAGGCAUCAAAUCUGUUAAUACCACAGUCAAUAUUGUAACCAUUGCCGCCCAGUGCAAAUAUUGGAAUGAAGAAGAGUCCUCCUGGAGUGAAGAUGGAUGCAGGGUAAAUGUGAAACACUGUUUCAUUAUCGUGACAUUUGAAAAACACAACCCUCACACCAAAAAUGGUUUUACUUUCUUGUUUCUACAGGUCGGCCCGCUCACCACACCUUUACUCACCCAGUGUCUGUGUAAUCACUUAACCUUUUUUGGCAGCUCUUUCUUUGUCAUGCCAAAUUUAGUGGACGUGUCCCGCACUGCAGAGCUUUUUGCCACUUUCUUCAAUAAUCCUGUUGUUGUGUGUUUUGUGGGUGCCAUUUUCUGUGCGUAUCUUCUGGUGGUUAUAUGGGCACGUAGAAAAGACAUACAGGACUCAGCCAAGGUCAAAAUAACAAUGCUUGAAGAUAAUGACCCAUUAGCAGAAUACUGCUAUAUGCUGACUAUUGGCACUGGGCAUCGUCAUGGUGCAUCCACCUCCUCCCAGGUGACGCUAACCCUGCUGGGAACAGAGGGGGAAAGCGAGCCCCACCACCUGACUGAUCUAGAAAAACCUCUGUUUGAAAGGGGCGCAGAUGACGUAUUUCUCUUGACCACGCACUUUUCCCUUGGAGAGCUGCAAAGCAUCAGACUGUGGCAUGACAACUCAGGCACACAUCCGGCAUGGUAUGUCAACAAAGUAAUAGUGCAAGAUCUUGAGACUGGUCAGAAGUGGCACUUUCUCUGUAACUCCUGGCUCGCUGUCGACGUGGGAGACUGCACCCUUGACAAGGUCUUCCCAGUGGCCACAGAGGAGGAUCUAAAGAGAUUUAGCAAUCUAUUCUUCAUGAAGACAGCUAAGGAUUUCCGUGAUGGACAUAUCUGGUUCUCUGUCAUCAGUCGACCUCCUUGCAGCACGUUCACUCGUGUGCAACGAGUGUCCUGCUGCUUUUCCUUACUGCUCUGCACCAUGUUGACAAGCAUCAUGUUUUGGGGCAUUCCCACAGAUCCUUCCGAGCAGACCAUGGAUUUGGGUCACAUCGAAUUCACCUGGCAACAGGUCAUGAUUGGUAUCCAAAGUUCUAUCAUCAUGUUUCCUAUCAAUCUCCUCAUUGUGAGCAUCUUCAGAAACACGCGUCCUCGGGAAAAAGUUGCAAAAUCAGACAAAACCAAACAGGGGAAGACUGUUCGAGUGUCUCCCUCUCAGGCCUCUUCUCCUCAGAAAGAACAGAAGGACAUAACACCAGACACGGUGCUGAAGGACAUAAAAAGAAUAGCCCAAUCACUGUCAAAGGCCAUGAAGAGUCCCUUGCCUCAUUUGGAUCUUCGACCUGGUCAACAGACUGACAUAAACACCCUUUUGUCUCUGGUAGAAGACAUUAUUAGGCAGCAAAACCGAACAUCCUCUGACUUUUACACUGAUACUGCCAAAAGAGAACGCUCAAUCCUCAGUCUUGGGGCAGUUGAUCUCCAAGAAAAGACUGUUUGGGGCAGUCCAGAAAAGAACUCAGAUGCUUUUCAAAAGAAGAGCAACAACAGCAGGUAUCUAUAUAGGCAGCUGCGUCACGUUGAGAAGAAGCUAGGUUUUCUGGGAUCCUCUCGAUUUCCGAACCCAGAGAGCUACAACAAAGCCAUGGAGCAAGUUCAGGGGAUGAAGAAUCUCCUGGAGUUUCACCUACCAUCCCCCAGCCUAGAUGGAGAACAAUCGGAGCGUAGUCCUAGUCCAGAAGAGAGUAUCAACAAGGGCUCUGCCAAGAAAUGCUGUCAAGGUGGGCUGCCGUGGUGGUUUGUCUUUAUAGGAUGGACAUUGGUGAUAGCAACCAGUGGUGUGUCCGGAUACUUUACCAUGAUGUAUGGACUGACCUAUGGAAAAGAUCGCUCAAUAAGCUGGCUGAUCUCCAUGGUGGUGUCCUUCUUUGAAAGUUUAUUCAUCACACAACCUCUUAAGGUUCUUGGCUUUGCUGCUUUCUUCGCUCUUGUUCUGAAAAAGGUCGAUCAAGAAGAAUACGGAGAACCUCAGAUCGAUGAGAGCCUCAAAAACUCUGAUGAUUCUGAUGGGGUACGAGCAGCACGGAGAGACAGCACGUGCAGUUUCUACCAGCCACCACCUCCAACAGACAUAGAGAAGAUGAGGAACAACAUGAUUAAAGAGCAGAAAGUAUUUGCUCUUGUUAGGGAGAUUCUUGCUUACAUGGGGUUUAUGUGGAUGUUGCUCCUGGUGGCGUAUGGGCAGAGGGAUCCCAACGCUUAUUUCCUGACCCAGCACAUACGCCAGAGCUUUAGCAAAGGCAUCGCUGACACUAUGAGUAUUCAAGAUGUGUUUAACUGGGCAAACACUACUCUGCUGACCAACUUGUUCGGAGAACAUCCAGGCUUUAUCACAGAUGGAAACUCAAAGCUGGUGGGUAACGCUCGCCUUCGCCAGUUAAGGGUACAGAAAAACUCUUGUCAUGUGGCACGUCGCCUGCAAGAUGCAGUGCAUGACUGCCAUGCGCUAUACUCAUGGGAGUCAGAGGACAUGGGCUCCUACAGUCCAGGCUGGAGUUCCUCUGCGGCGGAUAAUACAUCACAGAUCCAACCCAGUCCCUGGAAGUACCAGUCCCAGGGUAAAUUGAGGGCCUACCCCAUCUGGGGAAGCAUGGCACUAUACAGGGGUGGAGGCUUUGUACUUGAUCUUGGACCAGAUCAAGAAAAUUCCAGCAGAUCGCUCCAGUAUCUUUAUGAAAACCGUUGGUUUGAUGCAUACACGCAAGCGAUCUUUGUUGAGUUCACCGUAUACAACGCCAAUGUCAACCUCUUCUGCAUUGUCACGCUUAUGCUUGAGACCACAGCUAUAGGGGCUUUCCAGUUCCGUAGUGAGCUUCAAAAUGUUCGGCUCUACCAAUCAACCGGGGGUCUCCAUAUCUUCGUCAUGGCAUCUGAGGCUAUAUACUUUCUUUUCAUUCUUUAUUACAUGUUUGUUCAGGCAAAGCUGAUGAAGCAACAGAAAUGGGCUUAUUUCAAAAGUAAAUUGAACCUGCUGGAGCUGGCCAUCAUCCUUCUGAGUUGGAGCGCCUUGUCUGUCUUCAUCAAGAGGACUCUGCUGGGGAAGCGGGACAUGGAUUACUACCAGAACCAUAGAGACCAAUAUGCCAGUUUCCAUGAGACAGCCAAGGCUGAUGCAGUGCUAGGCUAUCUGAUUGCCUUCCUGGUGCUGCUGGCCACAGUCAAACUGUGGCACCUGCUGAGACUCAACCCGAAGCUGCACAUGAUCACUGCAACGCUCCAGCGAGCCUGGGCUGAUAUCUCUGGCUUCCUAGUGGUCAUCACCAUCAUGUUUCUGGCCUAUUCCAUUGCUUCAAACCUGAUGUAUGGGUGGAAGCUGUACUCCUAUCGCACUCUAUUUAACGCAGCCAAGACUAUGGUCAGCCUGCAGCUGGGCAUUUUUAACUAUGAUGAGAUUCUCAAUUACAACCCAGUCCUGGGUGCCUUCCUCAUCGGCUCCUGUAUUGUGUUUAUGACGUUUGUGGUGCUCAACCUCUUCAUCUCAGUCAUUCUUGUGGCGUUCAGUGAAGAACAGAUACAUCACAAGCCAUCGGAAGAGGAAGAAAUUGUGGACCUGAUGAUGAUGAAACUUUGCAGUCUGUUCGGCAUUAAAUGUAAGAGUAAGCAAGAGGAUGGCAGCCUGAUUGAGAAGACCGAACUUUCAUGUGCUUCAAAUAACGGGAUUUCCACAAUUUCUCCAGGGCAUGUUGACAAGGACUCUUAUGUUCUACUUUAGUCAACAUUAUUACGAUAUACAAGUAUACUGUAACAGCACGUGGGCUUUGCCGCUGUUGUCGCUUUUGGUUGUUUGCUUCGUUUUGUGCAACUUUGCUAAGAAUGCAUGUCAGUGCAUUUCAACUAAUCUGUUUUCAGUUAGAUUAUCUAUAUCGUACGCUGAAUCAGUUAUAAAACUGAAUUUGUACUGCUGUAUAUUUCAAGUCAACUUGAGUCAUAACUGCUUGUAUUGUGUAGAAUAAUAUUUGCUCAAAGUGCAACUUUGUACACAUAACACUUUGAACCACUAACAUGAGCUGUGGGUCAUGACCAAAAGUACAAGAUUUCAUACAGUAUAUAAGCGGCUAAAAUGAGUUUCCUCCACAGGGUGUCUGGAGCUCUCCUUUAGAGAUAGGGUAAAAAGCUCGGUUAUCCGAUAGGGGCUUGGAGUAGGGCCACUGGUCUGCAUUGAGAGGUGCCAGCUGAGGUGGCUCGGGCAUCUAAAUAGGAUGCCUUCUGGACGCCUCCCUGGAGAGGUGUUCCAGGCACGUCCCACUUGGAGGAGGCCGCGGGGCCGACCCAGAACACUCCGUGGAGACUAUAGCCCCUUUCAGACAUAUGCUGAACUCUGUUUAAAUCCCGAGAUUUAAACGGGUAGCCCUUAUGUAUGAAAGCAAUUUCCCGGGUUGACUGACACGGAGAUGACACGGACAUUAACCAGGUCACAUGCUAGUAUAAUGUUCGAGACUUACCAUGUGUGAAAUGAGCCGUUAAAUUCCCAGACUGAUGACGUAAAUAUCAUGGCGAGCCGAUCGUCAUUUCCUCUUUCUUCGCAGUAAGAUGAAAAGCGGUAAACAAACAUCACAAUUAUCACCUGGAAAUAUCACAAUUAAACUGGAAACAUAACGAAAUUAAAUUGCUACUGGAUCUUGGAGCCGAGGAAGAGAGACUCCAUCAUCCAACUUUGGAAGUGUGUGGUUUAUUUUUUGCUGAUGCCGACCAAAAAUUACGUGAGGGUCGAGUUGCCAACACGGACAAGUCUGAAAGUGUGCUACCUGGGUAUAUCCCGGGACAUUUCCCCAUGUCUGAAAGCCAUGACACGGGUAAAUCCCAUGUCACCUAACACGGUAAUUUACCGGGAUAUAAGUCUGAAAGGGGUUUAUGUCUACCAGCUGGCCUGGGAGCACCUUGGAAUUCCCUUGGAAGAGCUGGAUGAAGUUGCUGAGGAGAGGAAAGUCUGGGUUUCCCUGCUGAAAUUGUUGCCCCCGCAACCCAACCUUGGAUAAGUGGAAGAGGAUGGAUGGAUGGAUACAUGAACCAUUAAAUUGUCCCUUAAAAUACUCUAACUGCUGAAAAGAGAUUAAAAUAUACAUUUAAGCAAUAUCGUAUCGUAAGUAAUUAUUUUGAUAAGUAUUAGAUGAUUAAACCAUCCCAAAAACCUGAAGGAUGUAUUCAAAAUAAUGUGUUAUUAUCUGGGCAGGUGUUAAUAAGAGUAGUUAAUUGAGUGAUUGAUGGGUGUACUCGAAGCAGUCAUAGUCCACCAUAGAAGAAUAUUAUGAGCAUGAAAUGUUCCAAUUUAGAAAAUCUGAUUUACUUUGUUUAUGAGUCAACUCGUGUUCAACUUUGGUCUGACCACCGAAGCUCGUAUGGUUUCUAAAAGUAUGUGUUCCUCCCUCAAUUGGUACUUAAAAGAAUCAUUGCCUGGGUACAGUUCAGUUGUAUUUAACAUUUAAGUCAAAAUAUUUGCAUAUAAGUACAAAAAACAUGUUCAUUUAUCUACUUAUCAUAUGAUAUUUGAAUGUUAUGUUAAAUUGACCUUUAGUUAAUUACAUUGUUAUGGUUGAAAAUGUCCAUCGUGUGACAAUGAAUGGCUUGCAACUAUAAUAAAUAAAC